AUGCCCCCGGCCGCGCCUGACGAUUUGAUCCGACAGCAAAGCCGAUCGCUAGAAGACGACACAUCAUUCAAUAGUACUGAUCAGAAUCGCCUCACUGUUGAGCAUGAAUCAAGUGGUGGGAAAAGCAAGAAGAAGAAAAAUGGCAAAAAGGCCAAGGCGGCGACCAGGGCCAUGACGGAAAUAGAGACUCCCCCAAAUGACGUGGUUCAAUCACCGGAGCCUUCGCUGCCAGAGCCAUCCUCUCCUCCAGAUCCACUUCUGGAAAACCAUGUUUCACCCGCCGUGACUUCGCCCGUCCUCGACGUACUCGGGUCAAUGGGAGACAAUCAUGAUAACGAUCUCACAAGUCGUACUGAUACAUGGGCCCAGUCGGUUCCCUUUGGGAAAAGCCCUCCAACUGACCUCAUGGAUGGCGAGGUUCCUCACGAAUCCUCCCUUAACUUUCCUACCAUCCAAGAACGGGGUGGCUUCAGUCAACCUUCCUCGGCAUCUCCUCCGACCCGGCUUCGGCCAUUCAGUUACAGCAGCGGAUACCGAAGCAACCUGCCAUCUCGGCAGCAGUCUGUAGAUCGACGCAAGAGCCACUCCUAUGGAAGUCCCAUGAGUAAUCUUGCGCCCCCGCCCCACCUGCCUCAGGCCCAUUUCUAUGGGGCACCGGAAAUCGACAUCCCAUCUCACACCCGCCCAGUGGCGGAGGGAGCCUACUCCUUUUGUGGGUUCGACACGCUCCCAAAUCCUUCAAAGACAUCACGAGGUACCCUGAAUGUUUUGGUGGUAGGAAUAGACGGUGGAGUGGAAAUCCAGGCCAUUGAGGAUCAUCGGACGCGUCUUAUUGGGCAGCUCACUGGUCUAAAUGGUCGUGUUCUCGAGGCAAAGAUUGUGUCUAGUCACGCCCCCGCGGAGCUAUCUGCAUUUUCCCAGGCUCGCGUGGUAGUCAUUGUUCACGGGCCAUUAGCAUCAAAUGAGGAUGACGGUAUUGUGUCUUCCACGGCCUCCGAAGCCAAUGAAGGCACAUCUGGCGCGGCGCGAGGUCAUUCUAGUAGUGACAGGCGCACCCGUCGAGAGGAUCUACAAUUUUAUCAAACUCGGGUGGAGGUAUACUCUCUCCGGUCUGGGGAUCAUGUUGCAACACUGUUUGCAACCAACCCCACACCUUCUCUGGAGAAUAUUCCUGGUCUGCCUUCCUUAGCACCCUCACCUGUGGGCAGUCUCAAGCUCAUGACUAGUGGGAAUCAUAUCGUUGUAGCUUCUGGAAUCAGUGGUGAAGUUUAUGUCUAUAGACAAACUCUCUCGGGGUCCUACCAGUGCCUGGGGAAAACCUGGACAAAUGUGCAGACUGGAGAAAGUCGACGAUACUCCACGUCUUCUAGCUCAACCGACCCAGAUGGCUCGCACAACGAUCUACCCCGCACAUCAUUAUCCGAACGUCCGAUUCUAGCCUUGCAGGGAAGAUGGCUUGCGGUUGUGCAUCCGUCCACCUCAUAUAGGGGAUCUAUCCAAGGAAUAGUCCCUGCAAUUCUGAUACACGGUCGAGCCCAAGGGCUUGAGACUCGCAGUCCUCCUACCAUGGCGUCCGUGAAUUGUGCAACAGAUGUUGGGGAGGGCGAAAGCUUUCUUGACAAGGUUGCCAGAGGUGUCACCCAAGAGCUUGUCAGGGGUGCCCGCUGGAUGGGAGAUCAGGGGAUGCAAGCCUGGAAUACUUAUUGGAACAACCAGAAUUCCGCUGGCACGCCUCCCCAACGCCCAAGUCGAGGCACAGAUUCCCCGGCUUCUGGUUACGGGUCAUUCCCUCCAACCCAUGCCCAGGAUUCACAGUCGGUCGCCUCUCCUGCAUGCGAUGCAGUCUCAAUCAUUGAUUUGCAACGUUUUGACGAUGGUAUGGACCUGAAGAUGGCCUCCCUCCACCCUGUGGCAACCUUUCAGGCGCCCAACGGCUGCAGCUUUCUCUCACUGUCGCCUAAUGGACUGAUGUUAUUCACUGCCAGUAAGAAAGGCGAUGUCCAAUAUGUCUGGGAUCUUAUGCAGCUGAAGAGCUGCCGGGCAAUGGCAUUCAUGGCUGAUGACUUGGCCGAUCAAAAUCCGAACGUGCGCCAGGUAGCAAGAUAUACUCGCUUGACAACAUCAAGCAUCGUUGACGUGAUAUGGACCGCACCAGUGGGAGAUCGAUUGGCGAUUAUUACGCGCAAGGGAACCGUCCAUGUGUUUGAUCUUCCUCAAAGUGCCUUCCAAUGGCCUCCGUUUCGCCGAGUUCGACCUGCGCCCAAGAAGUCUCCAACCAUCGACCCGAUGGGUGAUGAAAUGUUAGGGCAGUCAAUUGCUGGGAAUCCGUUGUCUGCAGCCAUGAAGUUGGUCGGAGGAAAGACACAGCCCUUCUUUUCCGCUGUCCGAGGUCGCGUUCCUUCUACUGGUGGCACUGCAUUUCCGAACAUAAGUGGAUUCGCUCUGCCAGCUGCAGCCGGCAUCAAAGGCGGGAAGGUAGUCGCGGCAGGGCUCAGCAAAUCUAUGGGCGCCGCGGCAACUGGUACUGUUCACACUCUCCGACACGUUGGAGAAAAUCGGCUCCAUCUGACUGGACUCGCAAGAGAUCCUGCACCAUCCCGUGUUACAUGGAUAUGUAACAAAGGUUUGAUUUAUCUGGGCUUGGUUGAUGAUGGGAAUUUUAAGCUCUAUCGCCUCAAGCGGGGUGCAACAAACCAUAAGAAUCGGCAGUUUCACUCUGUGAUUGGCGGGAAGGAGAGGCAAUACAAAUUACCUGCUAGUUUGCAAACCCCCUGUGGGCCGGCACCUCUUAAAGCAUACGAUCCGGAGCAAGCAGUGAACGCAACACUCCUUCUGCCAUCUGCUAGCGCACACUCCUCUAGUGGGAAUAGACCCCUCUGUCAACCACUUUCUCAGGCGGAGAUUGAGACAAACACACCAUAUCAACCUUUCCAUACCGAUCAGCGGGUUGGCUUGCACGUUUAUUCUUGCCAUGGCAAUGAAGCUGAUCUAACCAUGGCGGAUCCUGGUGGACAGUGGGUCUUUGGAGGCGAUAUUCCAACGGCUAAGGUGCAUGUGAGAUCGUAUAAUAAUAGUGCUGAUGACAAUGCCGAUGAUGAAGAGGAUGACUCUGCGGUCCAUGGGCAUUCAUUUGGUGCUGGGGGGGAUAUGGAAAACCUAAUCAGUUUGGCUAACAGUACUGGCCACGUCGAGGAAGUUGUUAUAACCACCCGGCGAAAGAAGAAAUCAUCAGUGCCUCUGAAGACCGAUGAUGGAUUUUUCGAGGACGACUGUGAAGUUCUGGACUUUGCACGAGACCGAGUCUGA